AUGGAAUACUACUCGUCUUUAGAUGCGUCACAGUUGGAUUCUGAGACACCCACGGUCUUUGAAAUCAUCUCCGCCAGCCAGCUUGAGGCGCUCUUGUCGCCAUCCUUGAGGUAUAUUUUGGUUCACUAUGCUCAGAAAUAUCCAGGAUAUUUACUUCGAGUGGCUAACAGGUUUGACGAGCUCAAUCUUGUGUUGCGGACGGCUAUCGAAUAUUACUUCUUCAAGAAUUGGCAAGGCAGCUUCACAGAGAAUUUCUAUGGCUUGAAGCGGGUCAGCAAGACUCCCUUGGCUAAUGCAAAGUAUAACCAAGCAAAGCUAUCGCAGUUGGUUCCAUCCAUGAUCGGGGAUGGAAGAAGGUUGUCAAAACUACAGAGAUGGGUGUCGAUUUUUGAAAUUACAGGAACAGCGUACCUUCUGGAGAAGUUUGGUUACCAAUAUGAAUUGCUCUACUCGAAGUACGCCACCAACCAACUUGAAAUUACCGAUAAUAUGAGCGCCACCGAAGCUCGAGUCAUAUGGCUCAAGCGAUUGUUUGUUCAAUUAUAUCCAUAUGUACAGAGCUCAUUGAAAGCAGCUAAUCUUUUCGUCGCUUUGAUGUACUUGGGCGGAGAGUCUAAGGCACCAACAUUACUCACAGCGCUUUUCAACAUCAACUUCUCGCGUCUCCAGCAAUCUGAUUACUCCCGGAAUGAGGCCCCACUUUCUCGGAAAUCGCAAAAACCUAAUAGGGUUGCUCCGCCUUCCAAGACUGAAACUUUACUUCUGUUUCUUUGGCGCAAUUUGCUUAGGCCAUCGUCCAAAGCAGUACGUUUUGCACUUGGUACUUUUUUCCCCUUGGCGAUUUUCUCUUUGAAAUUCCUCGAGUGGUGGAACAACUCCGAAUUUGCCCAGCAGUUGGCUAAGUCUCAAAGCAGCGGCUUGAAAGACGUUGUUCCGCCUCCUUCCGUACUAGCAAGACUUGCCCAACAGGAAAGUAAUAGCCGGAAGCAUUACAGAUCAGGAGCACUCUGUCCCUUAUGCAAGCAACAGAUUCUGAAUCCUGCUAUCAUCGAAACAGGCCAUGUCUUCUGUUACACAUGUAUCUACAAUUAUCUCAGAGAUUCUCACAAGUUAGCGAGAAACCCCGAAGAUUUAGCUACCGAUGACGAUGAGGAUAAUACGGAUGAAGAGUCUGAUGAAGAAAACCAGUCUGAUAACGAGAAGACCGAUCGAAAGGAGAAGGCUGACAAUCACGCUCCCACAUACAAUGUUAGCAAAGGAGGAAGAUGCCCAAUUACAGGAAGAAAACUAUUGAGAUGCAAAUAUAACGCUCUCACAGACGAAUUUGAUGUGGACUGCGUCCGCAGACUCAUAUUCUGA